UGAAUCUGAACUGGGUUGGGAAAACUCUCAAGCGUCCUGCAUCAGUGGAGAUGGGCUGAGAAAGAAGUGACGGAACCGACGACUUCACGGACGCUGACUGUCGAAGGGAAGACUAAGUAAUUCUUCCCGAUCCCAUUCGCCCUUGCUCCUCUACACUCCAGGCCCAAGCAGGCCAGGGAAUGUCCCGGCAGCGAGAUGCCUUACGUGGACCGACAGAACCGCAUCUGUGGCUUCCUGGACAUCGAGGAGAAUGAGAGCAGUGGGAAGUUCCUGCGCCGUUACUUCAUACUGGACACACAGCAGGGAAGCCUGGUGUGGUUUAUGGACAACCCACAGAACUUGCCUGUGGGUACGGAUUGCGUUGGUUCACUCAAGCUCACCUACAUUUCAAAGGUCAGCGAUGCCACUAAGCUGAGGCCCAAGGCAGAAUUCUGUUUUGUCAUCAAUGCGGGGAUGAGGAAGUUCUUCCUGCAGGCUAAUGAUCAGCAGGACCUCGUGGACUGGGUCAACGCUCUCAAUAAAGCCACCAAAAUCACUGUGCCAAAGACGUGUGAUGGCCAGCAGAAUCCAGAGAACCAAAAGGCUUUGCCAGAUGUUGUUGGAACCAAGAAACAAGUCUCGUAUAGGACAGAGAUCAUCGGAGGAGUUCCCAUCGUCACCCAGACACAGCAUGAAGGUGGAGAUGGUGCAGACAGAGCAGAGCGGGACGCCAUGCAUCGCUCUCACAGCCAGCUGCCAUACUUCCUGAGCAGGCCGGCUCAGGAACACACUGUCAUCAAGUCAGGCUACUGUGUCAAACAAGGAGCUGUGAUGAGGAACUGGAAACGUCGAUAUUUCCUGCUGGAAGAAAACUCAAUGAGUUAUUUCAAGUCUGAUUUGGAGAAAGAGCCUCUGAGAAUGAUCCCACUGAAGGAAGUUCACAAAGUCCAGGAGUGUAAACAGAGCGACAUUAUGAUGAGAGAUAAUCUGUUUGAGGUUGUCACAACAUCAAGGACGUUUUACAUACAGGCCGACAGUCCAGAGGAGAUGCACAGCUGGAUCAAGGCUGUUUCAGGAGCCAUUGUGGCCCAGCGGGGGCCUGGAAGGUCUGCUGCCACAAUGCGGCAGGCCAGACGGCUGUCGAACCCCUGUAUACAGAGGUAUACGUCCCGAAUCGGGGAGUGCAGCAGCACUCUGCUGCAGCUGUGUACCUGUCUUAGAUGUGUGACAUCCUGCCUGUCUCUCCUCCUCCCUCCUGUUCGCUGCCUGAACCCAGCAGCCGUUCCACUUUCUACCGCAGCCCCACGGGCCCCCCCGUCCCUCGCUCGCCCAUAUCUUCCAUGUCACCAUGCUACCCAGAGUGGGGUGCUGCUGUCUCGUGCGGCACACGCUCGCAGCCUGGCGUGGGACAGCGAGCACUUCAUGAGCCUGCUGCCACGGCCCAGUCACAGCCACACGCCAGCGCGCCUGUCCCUGCAGGAGACGCGUCUGGCAAAGUGACCUGCGAGCCAUCUGUGACCACCAUCGCCAACAUGGAGGAGUCACCGUGGCGACGGCGGAGCAGCUUUGAACCCCACGUGCCUGAAUCGCCUGUGGACUUGGAUGAUGCUGACCUGCCAGUGAGUGAGGUCUGAGACCCUGCAUUGGACAUCAAAGCUGUUGUCAGUUAUCAUGGAUACAGAGGAAACCACACACCACAGUUGUUUUAAAAAAAAAAAAAGAAGGGGGGCAGGCACUGGUUUCUAAUCAAAGCUGUUAACACACUAAAGCGCCCAACAUCACAAACUCAUCUUUUGAGCUCCUUCGUCGGUGCCGUCAGUGUGAAAGAGAAACAAGUUGGAUCGCCACUGAACUGCACUUGUGUGCCAAAGACGACUCCCUCUUCACCCACACCACUGCCUGCUGUCGCAUUCACACCUGCAUCUUUAUUUACUUGACGUUUGUCAAACAAAAACUACCAAUCGGAUUUACUUGUGCUGUUUAGAUUCCAGCAGCAGUUUUAUUCUAACCUGUGCAGUGAUGUGUUCAGUGGUGUUUGUGGGCAGAGGAUUUUUGUAAACCACUUUGUUCCAAGAAAAUAAGGGAGCUUUUAAAUGGUGCGAGGUGUCUCCUCAUAUCUGAGAAGUUUUUAAAGUGAGGACUAGCUUAUUCAUAACCUCUCUAUCAUCUGGUAUAAAUGGCGUGGUCCAUUCAUGCUCAUGUUUUUUUAACACUGGAUUUAGCAGUAGGUGCAAAAAAAAAAAAAAAUUGGAAAUAAUCUAGUGUCUAAAAUAGUGCAAGACCAAAUGUAUUUCAGUCUGAUUUAGUCUGAUUUAGUUCUUUUAGUUGCCAAGUCUUUGUGUUAAAGCUUUUGUUUUUAUAUCCGAGUAUUGAGGUCAGUUGUUUCUAACAGUGUUUUCAGUGAGUUUAUUAUUUGACUGUUGUUGACUACAUGCUCACUUAGCUUGCAUGUAAAUGUACACAUAACACAUGUCACUUCAGAACCUGACUCGGCAUCUUUGCGUUUCAGCAUAACAAACAUUGUGGACUCAUGUUUCUGACACUGGAUAAUUUGGGACAGGAGCGACACAAGUAAACAAAAACAUAGGUUUGAAUGCUUUUUUUUUUUUUGGUAAUUCAUUGUCAUAAAAACUUCAGCUUAGUGCUGGGUCAGGUAUAGAUGAUCCUUGUGUCAUAGACUGGGUUGUAACUGGUUUCUGUGAAUGAAUUAAACCUGCAGUCCAUUGUCAAAAGAGGAAAAGACCAAAUAUAUGCAAUGCAAGCAUUUUGGAUCACAGUUUAACAACAACAACAGAAUGAGAUUCAAGCUUAGACACUUCCAUUGCAUGUUAAUGAUUCUUCACAUUGUCCUCUUCUUUUCCUAGUUUUUGUUUAUCUGCAGCUGCUCUUGGUGAUUUUGCAGAAUAGAGCCAUGUGCAUCAGAAUUAUUUUUAUAUGCUUUUAGAUGUUUCCUUACCUUAAUGCUCACACCUGUGUUACCUUCCCAGUGGCAGGCAGAUUUUAUUUUAAAAGUCCCCACGUCAGUCCUCCAAAAUAAUACACACUAAACUUUUGUUAAAAAGUGCCUGCUCCAUUUCAUCCCAGCAAAGCCAAACUACUUCACCAAUGUUCAUGUAUUAAUUGGUUUGAUUUGUUUCUAUUUAUUAUGUGGAUGACUUGAAAGAAAUAAACACUGAAAAUGU